CGUGUUGAUCGAAUGUGUAAAGGUGUUAUAUUGUAUUUGAUCAUACAAUUUUAUAAUGUAGCAUGAAAUACGUUAUAUAUAUCACAUUUAAAAACGUUAUAUUUCUUGAAUCUAUAACUUUGAAUCUUUAUAGUGGAAACAGCGAACCAAAUAAUAACACGUUUAACCGUGUUACAUAUCUAGGUAGAGUGUCACGUAACGCAACAAAUUUUAUUGCUUGCUAUUUACAAAACUAAUCGGAUUUAAAUAUUAAGAAUAAUAUGAAUUUUAUUUUUUGAACAUCCAUUAUGCAUACGUAUAUACAUAUAUGAUUGAGAUUAAUGUAAUUUUUCUUGCUUUUGCUUGAUAUAUUUUAGAUUAAAAUAUUCCAAGAACUAAUAGAAUUUCUAUAAACGAUGAUCGAAAGAAAAUAGAUUAUUCCAUCUAGAGUAAUUUUAGUCCAUGUCCAAUCCAACAUAUUCUUGCUGAUUUAAAGGACAAAUUAUGAAACUUUAAGGAAUACGAAAUCUUUUCUUACACAUGAAAAAAUUAAAUUUAUGAUCAUGUCGAUUUUCAAUAUACAUAUGUAUAUAUGCAAAUAUAGUACGACAUGUACGCAAUAUAUAUAGACGAAUGAACUUUAUGAAUAUUGAGGUUACAUAAACGUAAUAUAUAUGAGUCUUAAUAUAUAUGAAUGUUAAAAUAUAAAUGUAAAAAUAAGUAUUAUUUAAAUAUUAUUUACAGCAAAAUCUCAUAAACAAAUAUUAAUAAUAAAUCGUUAUUUUUAUUUCAGUUAAUUUCCUGUUCUUCUCUUAAUGGUUGAUCUUUAUAGGGGAGAUAUAAAUAGAUGUCCAAAGGACGAGAAAGAAUAUAAUUAUCAAUAAACGAAAUACCAAAGACAAAAUUAUUCAUUCACGAAUACGAAGUAUCAAUUAACGAUUUUUAGACAUUUCUCGACAAACAUAUACUUUUAAGAAUUAAGCAUUGUAUUAUACAUUGUACUUAAUGAAAAUUGAUACCAAUCAAAUACUUCAUCUAGCAAAAGCAACGCUAGAGGACAAAUCAAUAAGUAUUUGAAAGAUAGUUUGUAGUUAUAGCUAUAUAGCCUGAGGAACUAGGACGUUUUAUUCGAAAUUUAAAGUCGAUCAAAGAGAAAAUCGUAGAUGAAUACCGCAUGUGUCAGAGAGGAGUGGAAGAUUCGCGAGAACAAUUUUCGGAAUAGCAAGGAAACGUUGGAAUGGGAAAGUACGAUAUGGUAUUUUAAAGGAUUCGAGACAAAGAAAUAAAGUAGGAAAAGAGGUAAUGAUGUUCUUAACUCUCUUCUCAAAGCGAAUUUCAUGAUUUUAUAUACAGCACGGUACAUAUGCACAAAAGAACGAGGCUUUUUCUGCGAAACACUAAACAAUCAUCGCCAUGUUUUAUCGUUAAAGUCGUUUGUGUUUGAUUUUCGGGAGGAGAAAAAGAAAAAGAAGAAGAAGAUAAUAUUGGUUGAGAGAAAAAGGAAUAAUAAUGUUUGUUGACCACAGUAUCACCUGCAGGGGUCAGUUGUAGCUAGAGUGGGGGAUAGCGAAGAGCAUUCGUGCAGGCUGGUGGUUCGCUAGUUUCGCGGUAGCGAUAACCCCCGAUGCGCGUGUGCAUGCAUGUAUUUCGAUGUGUUAGGUUUAGAUAGAUUCGCUUAUACAGGGAAAGAGAGACCUCAAAGCCGUUUUCCUCGGUCGUUCAAUACGCGCGCGCGCGAAACGAAUCGACUUCGUCCCAUAGUAUCGUCACAGUUCUCGUCGGAGACGUUCGUGAUUUUGCACCCUUGUUCAAGUCACAAUUUACCGAACUAUAUGACGAGGGUACACCACGGUUUCCUUUCUUAUUUUCCUUCAUCUCUAUUUCUAUCUUCGCCUUUCUUUCCCUCCAGUUCUCUUUCUCUUACUAAAUCCUUCGUUUUCUUCGCUGCCUCCUUUCUCUUUACGUUCAUUUCUCUCGUUAUAUUUAAAUACGCGUUAAUUUCUAUCCUAAUCCCAUUCCAUCCCAUCGUUUCGAUUUUAACACAUAAUAUCGCGUUCCCCUCGGCUCGUUACUCGCAAAUUUAUGUGCCUGAUUCUUUCUUCCUCCUCAUCCAAUUGGUCGACACGUCGUUAUCAUCUCAUUUAAACCCAAUUUGGAACGCUAUUCAGAGCCCAAGCUUUGAAUCUCCUUGGAUAAAGCAAAUGUGGCACGAUCGUCAUCGACGAAAAAAGAAGAAUCUAUAUACUGUACCGCGACACACAUACGAGUUCGCGCUCAGUCAAUAGCAGCUGCAUCCUUUGAAAUUUCAAAAGAAGUACAAACACAAGAGCAUAUCCACAAGUGCGAAACGAACGCAUCGUGAUCGAAUACCAGACACGGCCGGCGAUCAAACUAGCGGGGAAGAAACUGCUGCCUUCCAGCCUGCCGUAAUACGGUGGUGCUACGACGAUAUCGAGAAGCAGGCCCAGUCGGCGGUCAAACAGUAUUAUGCGUUUUCUACGCUUUUGUUUAUUAUCGAGGGAAGAGAUUCUUAUGGAUGAAUGUGCACGAGCUGUCGAGUCGCGAAGGUGAAAAAGAAUAGAAAGGAAACGCGAUAAGCUGUACGUAGGAACCGCAACGAUGAAAGGUACACAUUUCGGUGAGCCGAGGAACCAAAGAUUCCAAUGAUACCUUCGCAAGGUGGCCGUGAGGGAUACAAAGGUUCUGCCAACCCUCCGAGCAACGGCUCUGAGGACAAUGGCUUCGCUAAUCGACCCCGAGUGGCGGGCCUUUACGCGACGAAUCUCUUCAGAGAAGAGCUCGUUCGAUUCUCGUCAGGAGAGGCUACUCGAUCUCAUGGUCUCACACGAGAUACUCUCGAAAGAUCGCCACGAGAGAUUGGAAGCCAAAGAAGUUUAAAUCUCCCUACGGGCAUAGCCGAGGAAUUCGAGCUUUUGGAUCGGUCAAGAGUCGGGAUUUCGAGAACACCCCAGCCAUUAAGGAGAGGAGAGACGGACGCUGCUGGUUACGAACCUAGAUUCAGAUUCGAUGAAUCCGCCACCAGACGAAGGGAUCAUUAUGGAUCGCCACCUGUCGAAAGGAUUCGCGAGGGGGAGGACGAGCAACAGGGAGAAUGCAUUGCUCGAUCCGCAUGCAGUACCCUUCGUGUGUCUCUCCUUGAGUUUCCGCGCUCCGAGCAGACGACGUGGAUGGAGUCGGACGUUGGUGAUUCUAAGAUACCUGUUUCAACCGAUGAUCUCGCUGGGAGAAGAGGGCCAGAUGACAGUUCGACGUUCGUUACAACUUCUGCCUCGAUACUUAUCUCUCCCGCGAGUGAGACCAGCGAAUGCGAUGCAAUCUCGCCUCCGGAAGUGGAGAAAUCAUCACCGCCACCGUAUACAGGCCUCAGUCCGCCGGAGUAUACCGGCCAAGAGUACGAGACCAGCGAAACACCUUCGCCGAUUUUUCCAAAUUAUCCAUUGACAUCGUACGCGGAAGAGACACAUCACAGACGUUCGAGGUCGUCCGUUUCGGACGCCGGGCUUGAAUUCACUGCUGCACGUGACGGACGUUUAAAGCGUGAUAGCCGAUUCGAGUCGGAGCCGGAGGAAGCUUUGGCGGAAGAGAUCGGCAGAUCGAGGCGAACCAGAUCGAAUUUAGAAAGGUCUACGGACGACGAUAUCUCGAGAUCUAGAGAUGUGGCGAGGCUGCGACCUCCCUUGGCCGCAGCAGCAGGUGUUUCGGCCGAUUCUGGGACCGGUGAUUCUGGAAGUGCGGAGAUCCAAGUGGAUCCCCUCGGCAUUCCCAGAACAACGACCGCCGGUGAAAUUCUAGAUGGAAGGAACGGAGUUGAGAAUGGCCAAGCCGCUAGUAAGUCGUCCAUUAAAACUCCCACCGGGAACAAUAAGCAAACGGUGAAACUCUUCACGAAGGAAAGUCUCGACAGGUUGGAAAACAAGACCGUACAGCUCGUCAGAGAUUAUGGCUUUCAGCCGAAACGACGAAUGUCGGUCGAAGAUGGUGCGGUGCUUCCAAACAAAUUCGAACCUUUCCCAACUGAGCUUUACGGUAGGCCUCUCGAGGAGAUUGACAACUUUAUCUACGACGAGACAUUCUGCGUGGUAUCGAAGAGAUUUCGUAAAAAUUACAUUCACCGAUUCACGGCGACAAACAGCUGGUUCAUAUUUUCCCCGUGGAAUCCUAUAAGGCGGUAUUGUAUUUACCUAAGCACGAAUCAGUACUUCGAUUAUAUAGUCAUGGCUACGAUAAUAUUAAAUUGUGCCUUCCUCGCCAUGACGGAAACUAUCGAGGAAGCCGAAUAUAUAUUCUUAGCUAUAUACACGGCCGAAAUGGUGAUCAAAUCGAUAGCCAAGGGAUUUGCGCUCAAUAAAUACACUUACUUGCGAAAUCCGUGGAACUGGUUGGAUUUCGUGGUGAUCACCAGUGGUUAUGCGACUAUUGGAAUGGAAGUAGGAAAUUUGGCUGGGUUGAGAACAUUCCGAGUAUUGAGAGCCCUCAAAACUGUUUCCAUUAUGCCUGGCUUAAAAACCAUCAUCAAUGCAUUGUUACAUAGUUUUAAGCAACUUGCCGAAGUAAUGACGCUCACGAUCUUCUGCCUGAUGGUUUUUGCACUUUUUGCUCUACAAGUUUACAUGGGUGAACUUCGGAAUAAAUGCGUAAAAAAUGUGGAAUUCAAUAAUACUCAAGUCGAUUGGAGAGAGUGGACUUGGAACUCGUCCAACUGGGCAUUCGAUGAAGACGAAGAACCAAUAAUUUGCGGUAACGCAACCGGCGCCAGGCACUGCAACGAAAGUUACAUCUGUCUUUGUGUUGGCCCAAAUCCAAACCAUGGAUAUACAAAUUUCGACAACUUUCUGUGGUCGAUGCUCACCACGUUUCAACUGAUUACUCUGGAUUAUUGGGAAGACGUCUAUAAUAAGGUAUUGUCGGCGUGCGGACCUAUCAGCGUCUCGUUCUUCACGGUGGUCGUGUUUUUCGGCUCGUUUUAUUUGAUCAAUUUGAUGCUCGCUGUCGUUGCGCUGAGCUAUGAGGAGGAAGCCGAAAUUACGAACGAGGAACGAAGAAAGGACUUAACCGACCAUCGCGAGGACUCGACGUUUAGUUUCGACCCGACAAAAAUCAAUGUGAAGACGCUUGCCAAAGAAAAACAAAAGAAAUUAGACGCGAGGAAAGGAGUUCUCCUAAGUAGUUACACGCGCAAAAAAACACGAAGAAGAAGACGUGGGAGAAGCACUGCCGGUUCUGGUUCAUCUGGUCAAGAUAAAGGUGGCUCUGUGCCAAGCAGGUCGGUGACGCCAAGCCCGAGCCCAAGUCCAAGACAUUCGAACGUUCGACCGUCUCACUUACUUCUACAAAAUAUUAGCCCACGAACUGUAGAGAAUAACAACGGGGUUCAUAGAUUGGCGCCAAAUCGUGGAAUGCUUCAUUCUCGACAAGCAAGUAACAACAGUAAUCAACACUCGUCGUUAGACGACUCAGGCGUUGUCGACGACCACGAUGGCGACGAUGUCACAUCCGUAGAAGAACACGACAGGCGUGACAACAAAGAAUCUAGGGCCCACUGGCAAGAGAGGAUACCUACGAAUAAUAACGCCGAUGGCAAUGUCGAAACUAAUGCGGGUGAAACGAAGAAUGAAACGAAUAACGAGACAGAAGUGGACAAUGAAAGAGAAAAAUCACAGGCAACUCAUUCCGGGGGCUAUCUUCGUGCGCCUACGAACGUUCCAGUUUCUCUUGCCAGCGGAACUACUAGAGAAAUUCGAGUGUUUAAAUGCAACGGCGUGAAAACGAAGAAACAGAUGUACACCUUGCCGCCAGAGUAUCUAUCGCACAUUGUUAUUUUAGAUGAUCUUCCCGAUAGAAAUUGCGAAAAGUGCAUCCAAUGCUGUAUAGAUUACGAGGGUUGGCUACGAUUUCAGAAUUGCUUGUACAAGGUAGUGAGAGAUCCACUAUUCGAGUUGACAAUCACAUUGUGCAUCGUCCUGAACACUGGUUUUCUGGCAAUGGAACACCACGGAAUGAGCGAGUCGAUCCGACAGGCGCUCAACAUCGGUAAUAAAGUGUUUACCAGUAUCUUCACCUUCGAAUGUUUGCUGAAACUGUUGGCGCUGAGUAAAGAUUUCUUCGCCAACGGAUGGAACAAUUUCGAUUUGAUAAUAGUGUCAGCGUCUCUGAUAGAUCUUACCUUCGAGCUGGUAGACGGCCUGUCCGUGAUACGCGGACUGAGACUUCUGCGUGUGUUAAAACUGGCACAAUCCUGGACGACGAUGAAGGUUCUUCUCAGUAUUAUUAUUUCAACGAUCGGCGCCCUUGGAAAUCUCACCUUAGUUUUGGUGAUCGUGAUUUAUAUAUUUGCCGUGAUCGGCAUGCAAUUAUUCAGUAAAGACUACACUUUGGACAAAUUUUACCCAGAUCCGGUACCACGGUGGAACUUUAACGAUUUCUUUCACUCGUUCAUGAUGAUAUUUCGUAUAUUAUGCGGAGAAUGGAUCGAGCCCCUGUGGGACUGCAUGCGAGCAGAAGAAGAAGACGGGCCCGAGGCUUGCUUCGCCAUAUUUUUGCCAGCUCUCGUAAUGGGUAAUUUCAUGGUGUUGAAUCUUUUUCUUGCUUUGUUGCUCAACAGCUUUAAUUCGGAGGAAUUGAAACAGAAGAAGGAGGAAGUGGGCGAUGACUCGAAACUCGCAAGAUCGUUCGAUCGUAUCCGUUCGAUUAUACGGAAGAAUAAAUGUUCGCGCUUGUCUCAAGCUGUCGCUAAAGGGAAAGGGAAGGAUGCUCGUUUCGAAAAGAUCGUGCGACGCGUAAUAGAUCGGUCUGACAACGAGACUAAAUACGCUAUUCAAGAGACUGUACUCAGCCUUCCAAAAGAUAACGUUUACAAUAGAUCUUAUCAAGAAAGUUUAAAUCAGCCCGUUUUUUCUUACGAUCCAAUGUACUCUCAGUCUCAAACGGAAGAACAAAGAUACGGACAAAGGGAGAAGGAAGAAGAGAAGGACGCCUCGCCUGACGACGAAAACAAUUAUUCGAGUAAGGAAAAAGAGAUUGAGGCAAACGAAGGCAAAGAGGAGGAAUGUCAAGAAGUCGAUGUCGUGAGAGACUCUUCGUCUUCGAACAAAGCACCAGUUGAGGAAAGAGUCGCGAUGCUACCUCAGAUGGAUCCGUUUCCUAGACCCGAGGAUCGGGUACCAAAACGACCUUGGCACGCGCUUGUCAGCUACGUCGAUGAACUGACGGUUGGCGGUAGGAGAGAUAGUAAAGGAAAAUACAUCGAUGGCAUGGGUUCUUUUCCUGGAUUUGGAAGAAGCAACCGACGCAAAGAACCGCAGGAUUGCUUUCCACGACAGUGUUAUCAGAAGUGUACCUGCAUCGACCGGUGUAUUGCAACAGCUAUUGGCAAAAAAUGGAUCAGAAUGCGAACAGUGAUUCUUUCAGUCGUUGACACGCCUGCCUUCGAAUGGAUGAUCCUAGUUUUCAUUUUUGCAUCCUCCAUAACUCUUUGUUUCGAAGACAUUUAUCUAGAUGAUAAUCCUUUCUUGAAGAAAAUCCUCUAUUGGACCAAUCUUGGCUUCUGCGCGCUUUUCAGCAUUGAGAUGUUACUCAAGUGGUUAGCUCUGGGUUUCUGCAAAUAUUUCACCAGUUUUUGGACAAUCUUGGAUUUUAUAAUUGUCUUUGUAUCAACAUUUAGUCUGUUGAUAGAAGAAAACGAAAAUUUAAAAGUGCUAAGAUCUCUAAGAACCUUGAGAGCACUGAGACCAUUAAGGGCGAUAUCGAGAUGGCAAGGCAUGAGGAUCGUAGUGAACGCGUUGAUGUAUGCGAUACCUAGUAUAUUCAACGUGCUCCUCGUCUGUCUCGUGUUCUGGCUGAUAUUUUCUAUUAUGGGUGUACAAUUUUUCGGCGGCAAGUUUUUCAAAUGCGUUGACGAGUACGGCGAAUUAUUAGAUAUAUCAAUCGUAAACACGAAAGACGACUGUCUGAGGAAAAAUUACUCUUGGGAAAAUAGUAAAAUUACGUUUGAUCACGUCGGAAUAGCUUAUCUAGCUCUGUUCCAAGUAGCCACAUUCGAAGGGUGGAUGGAGGUGAUGCAAGAUGCAGUAGACGCAAGAGGUGUAGAUCUUCAGCCUCAAAGAGAAGCAAACAUCUACGCAUAUUUCUACUUUGUGAUAUUUAUCGUUUGUGGCUCCUUUUUUACACUAAACCUCUUUAUCGGAGUAAUUAUAGACAACUUUAAUAUGUUGAAGAAAAAGUACGAAGGUGGGGUGCUAGAAAUGUUUUUGACCGAAAGUCAAAAGCACUACUACACUGCCAUGAAAAAGCUUGGCCGUAAAAAGCCACAAAAAGUGAUAAAGCGUCCGAUGAAUCAAAUCCUCGCAAUGUUUUACGACCUAUCGAAUUCACGCAGAUUUGAAAUAGCAAUUUUCAUUUUGAUAUUCCUCAACAUGCUGACAAUGGGAAUCGAGCAUUACGAUCAGCCUCAUCCAAUCUUCUUCGUUCUCGAAGUGUCCAACGCAUUUUUCACGACCGUUUUCGGUUUAGAGGCAAUCGUGAAAAUAAUUGGGCUUCGAUAUCAUUAUUUCACGGUGCCAUGGAACUUGUUCGAUUUCCUCCUCGUGCUGGCAUCCAUAUUAGGAAUAUUAAUGGAGGAUAUUAUGGUAGACUUUCCGGUGUCUCCGACGCUCCUGCGAGUCGUGAGAGUGUUCAGAAUCGGUCGAAUCUUAAGGCUCAUAAAGGCAGCCAAAGGUAUUCGUAAACUGCUCUUCGCUCUGGUGGUUAGUCUUCCGGCGCUGUUCAACAUCGGUGCCCUGUUAGCUCUAAUUACUUUUAUUUAUGCCAUUAUCGGCAUGUCAGUUUUUGGUCAUGUUAAAAAGCAAGGCGCGCUCGAUGAUAUGGUAAAUUUCGAAACUUUUGGUAGAAGCAUGCAAUUACUGUUUCGAUUAAUGACAUCGGCCGGUUGGAAUGAUGUGUUAGAGUCUUUGAUGGUACAACCACCGGAUUGCGAUCCGACUCCGACUAGUCGACAAAUGAAUGGAAAUUGCGGAUAUCCUCUCUUGGCAAUAACAUAUUUUACUUCUUUCAUCAUAAUCAGCUAUAUGAUAGUUAUCAAUAUGUACAUUGCUAUUAUCCUCGAGAAUUUUAAUCAGGCCCAUCAAGAAGAAGAGAUUGGUAUCGUCGAAGACGAUUUAGAAAUGUUUUACAUACGAUGGUCCAAGUAUGAUCCGCACGCGACACAGUUCAUAAAUUUCUCGCAAUUAAGCGAUUUCAUAGCAAGCCUGGAUCCACCGUUAGGAAUUUCAAAACCAAAUAUGGUCGCGUUGGUUAGCUUUAAUCUUCCUAUCGCAAAGGGUAAUAAGAUUCAUUGUCUGGACAUUCUGCACGCACUUGUCAAGCACGUCCUUGGACACGUAGAAGAGUCUGAAGAUUUCCGUAAGCUACAGGAACAGAUGGAUAUCAAGUUUAAGAAACAAUUUCCUACGCGCAAAGAACUUGAGAUUGUUUCUUCGACGAGAAUGUGGAAACGUCAAGAUAAAGCAGCUAGGCUGAUUCAACGUACUAUCAGAGAAUUUAUAACGGCAAAAAAGGAACGUGAAAGGAUGGCUCAAGAAGUAGACUCGCAGACUCAAACGUCGAGUCCUGGUGGUGGGAAUGAGGGUAGGGGCGGGGGUGGAUGGAGUGGCAAAGUAUCGGCAUUUCUACAUGUGCAUAGAGGUAGCCGAGCCAGUAGUCGCAAGUCCUCGAGGGCCAGCGACGCCAGCGAUUUCAGCGAGCUCGGUACAGCUUCGGCAUGGCUUUUUCCAAACUUACCUCUGCUGUUGCUCUCCGGCGCCACCGGUACUCACGAGGACCUGCCUCCUCCCGCUCUAACCGUAUCCCGUCCCUCGCCGACUACAGAACAACAAUCGUUUACCGGCUCCUCUGCUACUUCUGCUACUUCCUCCGAUCUACACAUUAGAUCAAUCGGGGGUCCGACUCUCGGCCGGCAGAAUGCCGUUGAAAGUUAUCCCGAUGAGGAAGUCCCCAGUCUUCCUAC